GAGCUCCAGCAUGACCGAUUCCGAAGAGCUACAGUUGGAUAUGUAUUUCAGAGAAGAUGCUAGAGCAAUAUUUUCUAUGCUUUUUCUAGUUCCAAAAACCUUGCGCUUUAUCGCACGUGUGUGGUUUGCCGUUUUCUAUCAAAUGGGCGGUAACUUUUUAGACAAGCAAAUGCGUAACCAAUAUGCUGCCCAUAUGCUGAUGCAGUUGGAGAUUAAUCGAGAACUGUCAGCACCAUUCGAUGAGGCUCCACCGGGCCAUCUUGAUACUCAGGUGGCCAAAGUCAUUGGUACCGACGAAUACAUGAAAUUUUUCAGAAAAUGUGAAACUUACUAUCGUCUGAAGAAAAGCACCCAGGGAGAAACACAGACUGAAGAAUUGCGUAUUCAACCAGCGGAAUUUUUAUACAGUUCGCCACCCAUCAAUACAGGAGUAGUUGCAUACGGCGCCUGCUUCAGUAAGGACACUCAGUGAUGGCGCCAUCGAUCAGUCGUCAUUAUUGUUCAAAUUAUAUGAGACAGAAAGCCAGUGGAGAUUAAAUCGUUUAUUUGUAUCACGUAUUUUAAACUGAAGAAAACAUG